AUGAUCACUAUGCUAUCUUGCCUUUCAAAUAUGUUUCAACUGACAAAUUUUCAUUAUGAGUAUCCAAAUGCCAAAUUUCUAUUAGCUACAUGUGGUUCAUCGAUUGUAUUGAAAUGUCCAAUUGGCGUAGAUAAUACAUCAGUAACGACAUGGUUUCGUCUAUUUGAUAAUGCUUAUCCUCAACCAUUAUUUCUUGGCGAUAGGCAAUUGACUGACGACGAACGUUUCAUGUUAAGAGUUCAAUCUGGAACAAGUGAUAAUAUAGUCUAUCGUAAUCUUGAAAUAAGUCAGUUGUACAAAGGCGACGAAGGAUAUUAUAUUUGCAAAGUAGCAAAACAUAUCCAUGCCAGUUUCAAUGUGACUGUAAGAACUAGUUCAUGUAUUGAUAUUGUACCAUCAUCAACAUACGUCACAAUAGGCGAAACAUUUCGUCUAACUUGUCGCGUUUGGGGUGUGGAGUUUAUUCGAUCAAUAUUUCCUGUGAAUUCAUUUAAUGUUCAAUGGUAUCGAAAUGAACAUCCGUUAAAUAUGAGUACACGAACAACAAUGUAUAGUGAUCACGAUUCAAAAACAUAUGACAUCCUCGUCAUUAAUAAUGCUCAUCGAUCAGACACAGGAAUAUACAAAUGUAGAUACGGAGGGUGGAAUACAACAGCCCACGUUACAGUAACUUACAAUCCAGUAAAAUCUCGUCGUUUGAUAUCACAGCCUGCAAACAGUUCAGCAUGCAUUACAGCCAAUUAUCUGACUGAAAUUUUGGGCACAACAUCAAGAGAAAUGGAGGAUAAUCCUCCUGAUGGAGGAACAAUUCACCGUAAGCGUAAAAAAUCAACGCAACGAGAUGAUGAAAGAAGAAGCAAGUCAAGGGCCACAAAUCAUCCACAGCGACAGCAACAUCCGCAACUGACAAAACCACCAGCACAUCUGGUUCCACUCAUUUUACAAGGUGUUAAAAUUACUCGUUUUCAGCUCAGCAAACUUAUAACGAAAAACAUGCCGGAUGUGAAAUUAACAAACAUUCAGAGUAAUAAAAAUAAUACAUUUACCAUCUUUGCUAGCGAUGUAAACAGUUACGAUCGAAUACUACGAGAUUUAGCCAAACAGAAAUUUGAUAAUGAAAAUGACGUCAAGGUGUAUAUUCCAAGAUCGAUCCAGAAGGUCCUGGACGCUGAUAAACAGGCUUUCUUGAAACGGGUUGAUGUUGAAAUAACAACACCAGCGAUUGAAAAUGCAUUAACAGCAGCAGGAUUUAAAUAUGAAAAACUUGAACGCUUACAAAACUUCAAAAAGGACGGUCCAGGUACAACAGUUAAACUUACAUUUGCUGAUUCAUUCAAUCGUGGUACAAUUGUUCGUACUGGACUACAUUUACAACAUUUAAAUAUCAUAGCUGAACCAGCCAAGUAUUUAACAAAGCUUAUGUGUUCUCAGACAUCUUCCAAAGCGAAGUAUCAAAAAGUAACUAUCGAAUUUGAAAAGGCAUGUGAAGUUGAGAAAGAAAAUUAUCUUCAAAAAAUACGUCAAACUAACGUAUCGAAAAAAUCAUGGUGGAAUUUAGCCAAAACAUUAUUUCGAUGGUCUCGCUCUUCAAAAAUUUCUAAGCUGAAAGAUCAAAAUAAUCAGGAAUGGUCUGAAGACAAAAUGGAAGCACAUGUUUGUAAUCAACAUUUUGCUGCCAUAUGUAUCAUGACUACUGCCGAUUAUGACAAAGAUAUUCCACCCGAUAAACUCCCUCUCUCAUCUCCCACAUUAGAUCUUUUUACAGUAACCACCAGGGUAGUUGAAAAAUGUUUAAAAAUUAAUGUUAAUAAAGCUACAAGCCAAGGCAUAAGUUCAAAAAUUUUAAAAGAAGCUGGGCCUGUUAUUGCUGAAGACUUAAAACACAUUUGUAACUAUUCUCUUUCAUCAGGAGUUUUUCCCGAUAAAUAG